AUGUUCAAGCAGACUGAAGACCACUGUGUUCGGACUGCGCUUUCGCACAUGGAAAAAUUCAUGCAGGGCACAGAUGGCCCGUUAAAAAGGCAGUUUGACAAGAAUUACUCAUAUGGUGAAGAGUUAACACUUGUGGCUACUAUAGUGAGAGACUCCAUGCAAAACCUACAAAACUCAGGCUUCGGAGCCCCAAAGGAGAUAGAGAAUGCCAUAUCACGCCUGAAAGACGCAGGCUCCUGUGUCCUUACCUGGCUUGUUUCCAACAAUCAUGAGUCCAACAUAGAGGCCGGACAGGGUCUUUCAGACAGCAUUCAAACGGUCAGUGCUGAGGUCUUUAAGCGUAUGGACAAUGAUUUGAAAACUGAGAUGGCAAUACUAGCCAUUGCUCCAGCCCUUUGGAUGCAGACAUGGCUGUCCAGACCUUCCGGGAGAUCAAUCCUACCAUCAAGUCUCCCAGAGCCCGGACCGAUUUUGUCCGAUUUGGUCAAGCAGAAGCAGAUUUGUGAUGCUGUCAGUAGACUCCAAAAGUCUAUACAAGACGAGGAGAGUGCCAACACCAGUAUCUUGAACCAAUUAUCUGUAGCGCAGGGUACUGCUAGUGCAACACUAGCUACUGCAUCACAAAUGAAAGCCAUGAUGAAGAAAAUGGAGAAUCCUUGUGUCACGAACUACGUCGUGACACCUCGAUUACUCCACCAACAAUGA